AUGGCCAGCGACGCCGCGGUCGGCGAAGGCGAAGAAGCAGACGGGAAUGGCGUUGAGGCAGAAGACAUCAACGCCCUGAAGACCGAAGGCGGGCGGCCGCCACCAGUAAAUAGUGACUACCUGCCGCUGCCAUGGAAGGGCAGGUUAGGCUAUGCGUGUCUCAACACAUACCUUCGAAUAUCUAACCCGCAGGUGUUCAGUUCCAGGACGUGUAGGAUUGCCUCCAUAGUUGAGCACCGACAUCCCCUCAAGGACCCGAGCCAGCCAGAACACGCGAUAAAAAACCGGCCGGACAAAGACCAGCCGGCAGAUGUUGCUCGCGGGCAAAGAUAUGUCGAAGAGCUUGGUCUUGCUAAUGCUCGCGAUAUCGUGAAGAUGCUGCGCUGGAACGACAAGUAUCACAUCAAGUUCAUGCGUCUCAGCUCAGAGAUGUUCCCCUUUGCAAGUCACGAGGAAUACGGCUACAAACUGGCGCCUUUCGCGUCCGAAGCAUUGGCCGAGGCAGGCCGAGUCGCUGGUGAGCUGGGCCACCGUCUGACGACACAUCCUGGCCAGUUCACCCAGCUUGGAUCCCCGAGAAAGGAAGUCGUCACGAAUGCGGUGCGCGAUCUCGAAUAUCACGACGAGCUGCUCACGCUACUCAAGCUGCCGGAGCAGCAGAACAAGGACGCCGUCAUGAUCCUUCACAUGGGUGGCGUGUUUGGAGACAAGGAAGCAACGCUGCAACGGUUUCGGGAGAACUACGCCCGGCUCUCCGACAGUAUCAAGGCGAGAUUGGUCCUCGAGAAUGACGAUGUGUGCUACACCGUCCAUGACCUCUUGCCGAUCUGCGAGGAGCUGAAUAUCCCGAUGGUGUUGGACUUUCACCAUCACAACAUCCUGUUUGACAAGGACAAGAUACGAGAGGGAACAAAAGAUGUCAUGGACCUAUAUCCCCGCAUCAAGGCGACGUGGGACAGGAAAGGCAUCACCCAGAAGAUGCAUUACAGCGAACCUUGCCCCGACGCCAUUACCGGACGACAGCGACGAAAACACCGGCCGAGGGUCACGACAUUGCCGCCGUGCGUACCCGACAUGGAUCUCAUGAUCGAGGCCAAGGACAAGGAACAGGCCGUGUUUGAGCUCAUGCGAACCUACAGGCUGCCCGGGUGGGAUUCCUUCAACGACGUUGUACCGUACGAGCGCGACGACGAGAACAAACCACCGCCGAAGCCCAAGGCCACGCCGAAGAAGAAGCGCAAGGGCAAGAAGGGCACCGAUGACGACGGAGAUGUCGAGAUGGCAGAGCCCGAGCCUCAGGUGCCACGGGAAAUACCAGCCGAGGAAGUCGGCAUGGGCGGACCGGAGAACCGCGUGUAUUGGCCAGUCGGCAUGGAGGAGUGGCUGCGACCGAAGAAGAGAGAGACCAAGAAGAGACCCAACAAGGGCGAGGAAAAGGAGGAUUUCAAAGAGGUGGCGGAUGACAGCUAA